AAUCAAAGAUGGCGGCUGGCGGGGCUGACCAACCCAAGAUGGCUGCCCGCCAAUCACGAGCCUCUGGGCUGCCGGCUCAGACUAGGGUUGCGUGAGCUCCAGCCACCCCGUAACCUCGUCGGCGAAGGGCGGGACUUCCUGCGGGAACCGGGCUGCCUGCAGGGGGUGUGGGAGAACGUGAACACCAGAUGGCUCAUUCGUGAGCGUUCGCGCAGAAGACCCACGGGGCCGGCGGGAGGGGGACGGAGACCGAGUGGGGGGGGGGGAGCCCGGGCGGGGGAUGGACGCAGAGAAGAUGGAUGAGAAUGAAUGGAAAUACCACGGGGAAGGGAAUAAGAGCCUCGUCGUCUCCCACAGCCAGCGUUGUGUGGUGCUGCGUUUUCUGAAGUUUUCCCCGAACCGCAAUAAGGCACCAGAGGAAACCUUACGCCACCUGCAAAACAUAGUAGACUUCGGAAAACACGUCAUGAAACAGUUUUUUGGGGAGAAAUAUGUUCAUUAUGGGGAAGUUGUUCAGCUACCUUUGGACUUUGUAAAACAACUUUGUUUAAAGAUCCAGUCUGAGAGGCCAGAGUCUCGCUGUGAUAAAGACUUGGACACUCUUAGUGGCUAUGCUAUGUGCCUUCCUAACCUCACCAGGCUGCAGACCUAUCAUUUUGUGGAACAUUGGCCAAUCCUUUGUGUGGAGAUCAAGCCGAAAUGUGGGUUCAUUCCUUUCUCUAGUCAUGUAUCACAGGAGAUAAAGCACAAGGUGUGUCGUUAUUGCAUGCAUCAGCACCUAAAGGUAGCAAAUGGAAAAUGGAAGCGACUGAGCAAAUACUGUCCCCUAGAUCUUUUCUCAGGAAAUAAACAGAGAAUGCACUUUGCCUUGACAAGCUUAUUACAGGAGGCACAGAACAAUUUAAAAAUAUUUAAGAAUGGUGAACUAAUUUAUGGCUGUAAGGAUGAUCAGGACUCUCUCUCUGACUGGAAUGAACUUGCUCGUCACUUAAAACCAUUCUUCUUUCCUGCAAAUGGGAUGGUCAGUGGACCGCAUUGUACAAGAACGAUUAUUAAAGAAUUAAUCCAUGUAAUAACAAUGACUCUACUUAGUAGUACUGAUGCCUGCAGGGCAGGUAACAUGAAGACAGUUCCCAUUUCACUAGGAAGGAGCUACUGUGAAGCAAGUGCUUUCAGUAAGGAGCUGGUAAGAAAUGGUAAAAAUAAAAUGGAGAGCUCUGGCUUACCAAGGGGCUGUCUACUUUAUAAAACCCUUCAGGCUCAGAUGCUGGACAUGCUGGAUAUUGAGGGACUUUAUCCUUUGUACAAUAGAGUUGAACAGUACUUAGAGGAGUUUCCUGAGGAGAGAAGUACAUCACAGAUAGAUGGACCUUACAAUGAAGCAUUUUAUGAGAAACUUCUAGAUCUUUCAACUGAAGAUGAUGGAACAGAAGCAUUUGCAUUUACAAAGGUUCAGCAGUACAGAGUAGCAAUGACAGCUAAGGACUGCUCCAUCAUGAUUUCCCUUUCACCUUAUCUACAGGAUGAAUGCUCUGCUCAAAGGCCUGUGGUUCUGGCAUCCAAAUCCAGUUUCACCUUUUCCGUUUCUGUCCUGGACCUAGAUCUUAAGCCAUAUGAAAGCAUUCCACAUCAGUACAAACUUGAUGGCAAGAUAGUAAACUAUUAUUUGAAGAAUGUACAGGCCAAAGAUGAUCCAAUGAUGUCAAAUCUGUUCAACGAGAAUGAAGACUGCACAUUAGUUCUCCAUAAAGUGUAACUGUUUCCUUAAGGUUAUGGUUGAAAGUGAAGGGUUAAUGAAAUGUAGUUACAUUGAUUUUCUAUUAUGUUCAGUGCAUUUUUCAGCUGUGAAUGUUUUUGCUUUAAGAAAUAUAUUUUAAUGGGUAUGCCUUUCAAAGACAUGGCAUAGUACUAAAAAAACCCACCUUCCAAUAUAUAAAUUUAAUCUGAAGGAAUGUAUUCAAUAUUACAGAACAGAUGUGUGCCAUGCCCUGCAAUGACAUGACAGAUCAAGUCCAUGUUCUUAAAAUUGAAUGACUACUAUGUGAAGCACCGAAUGAAACGUUCUCGAUUAAUUCUCAUUUAUUCUUAAGAAUAAUGAAUUUUCAGAUUCAUUGCACUAAUGCAGAAAGCCUGAUCAUUAACAUGAGAAUUACAGAAUGGCCUUGUACCUUGUGCAUUUUAACACUCAAUAUUUUAAAAUAAAAGCAAACCAACCCCUGCACCUGCUGCAUUGAUUUAAAACCAAAUUUAAAAUUAAGCCGCACUGAGCACAUUAAAAAUGCACUAAACUUAAUUCAAAAUAAAUUGCUGCCCAUGUAAUUUAAUGUUAAAAAACAAAACACACUACUGUAUUGUAUAAUUGCUCUUUGGUGCUGGCUAGGUAGAGCUUGCAUGUUAAUGCAAAUCUAUUUUAAGCAGAGAGUGAAAUUGAGAACUCCAGACUUGUUUCCAGAAGUGUUACGAUCAGUCUGAAAAAGCUUUCUGUAACAAUUUUAUAAAUGUAAGUAGAAAUUCACAAAAUGAGGGGUAAUGGUUAGGAAUUUUACUAGGUAAGCAGCCUUGAUUUUUAAUUAUUUGCUGGUUGAACGUAUCAGGCUUUGAUCCUAUGGUCCACACAGAUCUAGUCCUGCUAAAUUAGUGAAUCAGGAACUAGCUCUUUCCUAAUCAAAUUGAGCUUUAGGAAUUGUAUACUUAAUUUUUGUCCAUAUGAUUUUGGACUGAAAUCACAUGCUUCUCAAAUUUUUUGUGCAUUAAAUAGCAGCUAGCAAAGGCUGCUCUUGAAUCAGGCUGUGACUGCAAUGACAUUUUUCUUGAGGAAAGGGUUGACGUAUGGUAUCUGCUUUAUCUUGUGAAGUUUGUGACUGUAGGUUGUGACUUUUCCAUGAUGGUGGGUGUCGGUUAACUUUGUACCAACUUUUAGCAGUGGCUUUAGUUUGUGUGGUAACAAGUUAACACAUUCUGCCAAGCUGGAGAUGAGGUGCUAUUCUCUGAUUCUUGUGAAGUUUAAAAGUGAAACUGCUUCAACUAGGUCAACUGUCGAAAAGCUUUCUUUACAUUUUUUUGGGGUUCUCAUACCCUAAAAAUGUACAAGGAGAUGUUAUUCAAGCCCAUCUUGAAAUGCUGCUAUCUGUAUACAGUAGGUAUAUACUGGUAAUAAGUUUCAAAAUAUGGAGGUUGUCUUAACAAGGACUUGCCUCUCCUUAUUAAGUAGUAUAGUAGAUUAAUAUUGGGAGCUUGAAUCUAAUACCCUUGUUUCAUUGUAUUUUAUUUGAACUUCUUCAGAGUAUUGUCUUUCAUAAAAAAUGGCACCAUGUUCAUUGGCAGGACCCAAUGUACAAUUCUGUGAAACCAUGGACCGUUUAACAGUUGGGCCCAGAGUGGUGAUAUUCCUAAUGAAAACUUAUUUAUACAGCAGUAUUGCUUAACACUUAGAAGUGAACCAUGUUACCUUGAUCUGCUAAACCUACCACCAGUUAGCAAUGUGCCUUUCUAGGGUGCAGUUGUUUGCUCUUUAGAUUAGAUUUGUUAUAUCCACAGCAGUCUGACCUAGUUGUUGAUUUAUUGCAGUCUGCUGUGGGGCUAGCUGCAUUGUUGUAAUAAUACCACUCUCUGAGGAGGGGAUUAAAAGAAAAGUCACAAAGGGGCUGGUCAUUUUUAGUCAAAAUGAUGAAGUUAUCUACAG